CGCUGUCAAAACAGCGCCAUUACGCGUCUUAUGAUGAGGUGUGUUGCAUCGUCUCGAAGUGUCUAAGUCUGUGUGAAUUCCAACUGUUUUUGUAAAAGUUUACGAAUAGUUCAGCACGUUAAAACCACUCAUCAAUACAAAACGAAGAUGAGCGUAGAGGACUCGGUCAUGCGAAUCCAGAAGAAGCUUACGAAGAUGACCUCCGACGACGGAAGCGGUCAGGAGCAGGCAUUGGAUUUGCUGAAGGAAUUGCAGAAGAUAGACAUUAAUUUGGAUGUGCUGACGAAGACGCGAAUCGGCAUGACCGUCAACGCUCUGAGGAAAUCCACCAAAGAUGAGGAGGUCAUAAGUUUGGCCAAGACUCUGAUAAAAAAUUGGAAAAAGUUCCUAUCCAAUACACCUGGCAAGGACUCAUCCAGCUCUUCCUCAAAGUCAAAGAAGGAUAAAGAUGAUAAAGGAAAGGAAGACAAGGAUAAGGACAAGAAACUACAGAACACGUUCCCACCCAGCAGCUCCAACACCACAGACUCUGUCCGAUUAAAAUGCAGGGAAAUGUUGUCUGUGGCACUCAAUGUUGAUGGAGAAGAUUUUGAAGGUUGUGCCUCUCCCGAGGAAUUAGCGGAAGAACUAGAGGAGGCGAUCUUCCACGAAUUCAAAAACACCGAUAUGAGGUACAAAAACCGUGUACGAUCACGCAUCGCCAAUCUGAAAGACGCGAAGAACCCCACGCUGCGCACAAACUUCAGAAUAGGCGCUGUAACGGCCGCGAGAUUGGCCACGAUGACUGCGGAAGAGAUGGCUAACGAUGAGAUUAAGAAAAUCAGGGAGCGCUUCAUGAAGGAAGCCAUCAACGACGCUCAAUUAGCAACGGUGCAAGGUACCAAAACGGAGAUGUUGAAAUGCGGCAAAUGCAAGAAGAAAAACUGCACAUACAACCAGUUACAGACGCGCUCAUCGGAUGAACCUAUGACCACCUUCGUGCUGUGCAACGAGUGCGGCAACCGCUGGAAGUUCUGUUAGGUUUUUCCCCCUCUUAUUAUUUCCUUCUUUUCUUCAUCAUCCCUUCCUUUUAUUUUCAAGUAAACCUAUCAAAUAUUGCGAAAGAGUAGCUGAAAGAGAAGAACGAGACGAAAAUAUAGCGUAUUCUUUGGUAAUUGAAAGAAAAAAUGUAUUCUAAAGUGCAGCAUCUUUUACCAACUAUAGCGAAAAGAAGAAGAAACAUGUAUAUGGACCAUAUUAAUUUCUUGUACAAAUUUUUUAAUUUUCUUUUU